AAAACAACAAAACAAAGUACAGUAGUGUAAGUAGCCGAAAGAGCAGCGGUAACAGAGUAGCGUCCUCCCUCAUCCCGUCCUUCUCGCUCUCAGCGACUCCAGGAAGUCUGAGGUUCCAGGGUCGGCCAUGGCGCUGGAACCUAACCCCGACCCUGGGUUCGGCCUUAGGUUCCAGCAGGACGUUGUAUCUUUUUCAUUGAGCUCCACACGUUUUUCAACCGAGUUAAUUUUCUUUUUGAUAUCUUUAAUUUUUUCUAGCCAGUGGCGGAAAAAGUGACUAUGCAGUGUAUGCAACGCAUCGGGGCGCUGCACUAGAGGGGGCCGCAAAAACAUGUGGGGAUUUUUUUUCUAGUCAGCAUUUUAUGUACUUAACAGCUGUUUGUGUAUGAAAUGAUCAACUACAACCCUCACUAUUCUUUCUAAAUCCAUCGUUGCCAGGUUCUGAUUUAAGUCGCAUUUAUCAUCCAAAGUUCAGUUCCAAACUUUUGUGGCUUCUUCACCUGAGAACGAACUGCAUAUAAACCGGCUCCACCUGCUCACUGCGCUGGUGAUGCGAAUGAUGCGAACCCAACCAGUGACGUCAGACCAGACACCGGAAGUGACCUUGUUUGCAAGCGCAACCUUCAAACCAGCCUUCCUGGACCCAAAGGUUGAGUUUCUGGUCCAAAACUAAACUCCGGAUCAGUACAACAAGGACGCUGCUGCAGGGGUUCGGAUCAGCUGAUCCACCGGAACCAUGAAGCUACUGGGCCGAACCGGAACCGCCUUGUUGGUCGGAGCGGGACUCGGAGCCGCAGUGAGCCACCGGCUGAGCUACAGAAGCCGAGUUGAGGAGGAGCAACAAGCCGGUCUAUUGGGGUGGGUUCCGGUCCUCCCGGUACCGGAGAAUUUGACCGUCCGGGCAUCCGAACUCGCCGUGAGUCCAGGUAACUCUGGAGCUGUGAUGAAGUAUGGCUUCCCCUCACUGGCCAACGUCCGGUCCAGAGAGUCCUAUGUCACGUCAUACGAUCCUCGCACACGCACGGCAUCCUGGGUAAUUGAGAGGCUAAACCCCGCCUCCCUGACAGGUCCGUCAGACAGGAAGCGCUGUGAGUUCAAAGAGGACGACAGCGUCCACGUCUUCCACAGAGCCACGAACGCAGACUACAGGGGGAGUGGCUUCGACAGGGGUCACCUGGCGGCUGCAGCCAAUCACAAGUGGAGUCAAAAGGCCAUGGAGGACACCUUCUACUUGAGCAAUGUGGCUCCACAGAACCCUCACCUGAACCAGAACACCUGGAACAACCUGGAGAAGCUCUGCCGCUCUCUGACCAAACACUACCUCAACAUCUACGUGUGCACUGGCCCGCUCUACCUGCCCAGGCAGGAAGACGAUGGGAAGCUCUACGUCAGGUACCAGGUGAUUGGACGGAACCACGUUGCCGUGCCGACUCACUUCUUCAAGGUGCUGAUUCUGGAGCAGGCGAACGGCCGGGGGGUGGAGCUUCGCUCCUACGUCUUUCCCAACCAGCCGGUGGACGACAAGCUUCCUCUGGAGCGUUUCCUGGUUUCCAUAGAAACCAUCGAGCGAGCGUCGGGACUGCUGUUCGUCCCGAACAUCAUGAAGCGGACGAGCAGCCUGCAGGCCAUCAGCGACAAGUGAACUACCGCUCCCACAAUGCCCUGCUGCAGGCUGUGGGGUCGCCAUGGGGACACAUCGUCAUUUCCUGCAGUUUUCAUGCUUUUCAUUAAAGGCAGCUGAUCUGAA